UGCGCUGAUUUAUUUUUUCCUUCUAUGAUUGUUUUAAUGACUUGAAAAUCAAUCUGUUGAGAGUCAAAAAUUAAUACUGCAAGCAUGGAUUUUAUUAUGGGAAUCACCUGAGUUUUACCUGGUGAUAUGUGGUAGAACCUUUUGUAGUUAUUUGCUCCAUCACGUGCAGUGACAUCAUGUGAUAUACAACAUGAAAUUCAAGCGUGUAUUGUACUUGUUAGUCUGUAUCUAACUGAUAGUGAAGCAAUAUCUGUUUUUCAACAGUUAGUUUAAUUUCCGUUCUUUUUUUUUUUCAUGGCAAACUCGGUUUCCGCACCAAACAAAAAUGAGCAUCUAUACAAAAUUUUAGUCAUAGGAGAACUGGGAACUGGUAAGACGAGCAUCAUCAAAAGAUAUGUGCACCAGUUUUUUUCUCAGAACUAUAGAGCUACUAUUGGAGUUGAUUUUGCGCUGAAGGUUUUGAAUUGGGAUGCUAACACCUUAAUCCGAUUGCAAUUGUGGGAUAUUGCUGGGCAGGAAAGAUUUGGUAACAUGACGCGUGUCUAUUACAAAGAAGCAGUUGGAGCUUUCAUAGUGUUUGAUGCCAAUCGUUCUGCUACGUUUGACGCUGUGGUGCGAUGGAAGACGGAUUUAGAUAGCAAAGUUACUCUUCCGGAUGGCAGCAAGAUCCCCUGCGUUUUAUUAGCAAACAAGUGUGAUCUGCCUCCUGAGGGCUUGGUUGCCAACCCUUCUGCCAUGGAUGAAUUUUGUAAAGAGAAAGGAUUUUCUGGUUGGUUCUUGACAUCAGCAAAAGAUAAUGUGAACGUGGAUGAAGCUGCACGAUUCCUGGUCCGAAAAAUUCUUGAAAGUCAAGACUCAAUAGUGGCAGAUGAAACAAGCAAUGACACAACUGUCUUAUAUGAUUACGAGCUGCCAGUUGGUCAACCAGCUCGUAGGAAAAUGUGCUGUUGAUUGAUGAAGAUAAACUUUGUAAAAUUUUUGUUAACCUUUUUAUACCGAGUGCCUCAUUCUUUUUUUUUUCCUUGAAUUUAUUUUUUUAUGUGGGAAAAAAGUAAAUGCAUUUUUUUGUUAGUUGUUUAUAAUUUAAAUCACAUUUUGUUUAUUGUUUUUGUAGUUUUGUAUAGAAAUUUAAAUUUAAUGAUAUAGUUGGAUUCUAUUUUAAUAUAUUUGUAUUGUAUAAAAUGUGUUACUAUUCUGAAUAUAAGUACAAUGUAUUAAGAAACUACAAUUUUUCUUCUAGUUUUUUUAUGAAUAAAAAUAAUGAGCUUUUAAAGAUCUAAAGUGUAAAUUGCCAUUGUAUUAAAUACUUAAUUUUUGCAUAAAAUAAAAUAUUUUUGUAUUGA